CAUCUACCUAUAAUUGUUCUCCUUUAUCAUUGCCAUUAGUUAUCAUUUUUAACGUGGUUUUGGGUUCCUCACUCGCGUUCCAACAAAGGUGUCCCAGGAUUUGCAGAGCACCAAAUCAGAAUCAUCGUUACUCUGCUUCCUCCAUUUUCUUCUUCUUCUUCUUCGAUUCAGUUUCACUCUCUCACACCAUGGCCACCGCUUCAGUGGCAUUUAAGUCCAGGGAGGAUCAUCGCAAACAGAUUGAGUUGGAGGAAGCACGUAAAGCUGGGCUUGCGCCAGCUGAGCUGGAUGAAGAUGGGAAGGAAAUCAACCCUCACAUUCCCCAGUAUAUGUCAUCUGCACCUUGGUAUCUUAAUGCUGAGAGACCUAGUUUGAAGCAUCAAAGAAAAUGGAAAUCUGAUCCCAAUUAUACCAAAUCAUGGUAUGACAGAGGUGCUAAAAUCUUUCAGGCAGACAAGUAUCGAAAAGGUGCAUGUGAGAACUGUGGGGCUAUGACACAUGAUUCUAAAUCAUGCAUGGAAAGACCACGGAAAGUGGGAGCAAAGUGGACAAACAAACACAUUGCCCCUGAUGAAAAGAUAGAAACUUUUGAGCUUGACUAUGAUGGUAAGCGGGACAGGUGGAAUGGUUAUGAUGCAUCAACUUAUGCUCGAGUCAUUGAGAGGUAUGAAGCUAGAGAUGAUGCUCGAAAGAAAUACUUGAAAGAACAGCAGCUGAAGAAAUUGGAGAAAAGCAACCAGAAUGGAGAGGAUGCUGCCAGUGACGAGGAUGAAGAGGAAGAUGAUUUAAGGGUAGAUGAGGCAAAGGUUGAUGAGAGCAAACAAAUGGACUUUGCAAAGGUUGAGAAGCGUGUGCGUACAACUGGUGGUGGAAGUACAGGAACUGUUAGGAACCUACGUAUUCGAGAGGAUACUGCAAAAUAUCUGCUUAAUCUUGAUGUCAAUUCUGCACACUAUGAUCCCAAGACCAGGUCCAUGCGUGAAGAUCCUCUUCCAGAUGCAGAUCCAAAUGAAAAGUUUUAUGAGGGUGAUAACCAAUAUAGAAAUAGUGGUCAAGCAUUGGAAUUCAAGGAACUAAACAUCCAUGCUUGGGAAGCAUUUGACAAGGGACAAGAUGUUCACAUGCAAGCAGCUCCAUCCCAAGCUGAGUUGCUCUAUAAGAAUUUCAAGGUCAUGAAGGAGAAAUUGAAAUCACAAACGAAGGAAACCAUUAUUGAGAAGUAUGGCAAUGCAGCCGAUGAGGACAAACUUCCAAGAGAACUUCUGUUGGGUCAGAGCGAGAGGCAAGUUGAGUAUGAUCGUGCUGGUAGAAUAAUUAAAGGGCAGGAAGCAGCACUACCCAGGAGCAAGUACGAAGAAGAUGUUUACAUUAACAACCACACAACUGUUUGGGGUUCAUGGUGGAAGGAUCACCAAUGGGGCUACAAGUGCUGCAAGCAGACAAUACGGAAUAGCUAUUGCACUGGUGCUGCUGGUAUUGAGGCUGCUGAGGCUGCAAGUGAUCUUAUGAAAGCUAAUAUUGCCCGUAAGGAGGCUGCUGGAGAGGAUCCUACGCCUGUGGAGGACAAAAGGCUUGCUACAUGGGGUACUGAUGUCCCAGAUGACCUGGUUCUGGAUGAAAAAUUGCUUGCUGAUGCACUCAAGAAGGAGGAUCUAAGAAAGAGAGAAGAGAAAGAUGAGAGGAAACGCAAAUAUAAUGUUAGAUGGAAUGAUGAUGUUACUGCAGAGGAGAUGGAGGCAUACAGGAUGAAGAAAGUACAUCAUGAUGAUCCAAUGAAGGAUUUCUUACACUAAGCUCAAGAGGACUAAAAGGCCCAAAUUUUCUUUGUUACAAGUUAAAGCAAAAGGAAUGCAUCUCUUUCUAUGAAUCCACAAGCCUUUCCAUUGUUUUCUUGCUGCCAACUGGAAGGGGCAGAAUGGAUUGAUGGUCGAAGUAUUUUGGUCUGUACAGCUUUGUGGCAAGUUAAUAAUGUAAACAACAUUAUUUAGCUUAUGGAAUUCAAAUCUGUUGUAUUGACUCAAUACUGUUAGUUGACUGGUUUGUUUUGUUAACCACGUUGAUGGUUCUGGUUGGCGCAGUUAGUAUAAGGUUGUAGGAUCUUGUCCAAAAGCCCAAACAUAAGUGGGAAGUGUAGUGUAUGAGAAAGAAAAAAAACAUUUUUGUGUUGUAAUUGUUCAACUACCUCGAUCUAAGGUCAAACCUCGAAUUCCAAGAUAGCUUAUAGGCUUGGACUUUGAAGUUUGAAGAAGCUGGUCUGGUCGACAGAUUAAGGAAUGAAGUUUAGAACACGUUUUGCUGACUACGAUGAAGAAGACAAGAAAAUAAUGUUACCAAUUGAUGUUGGUCAUUUCCCACUGAUUGUUCAAAGGUUAACAACCUCUUAUCUAUGUUAUGGGCUCAGUUUUCUUUAUGUAUCUUUUUAUCGACUCCAGGUUUUUGCUGUUCUGUAACAUCAUGCUUUUUCACUCAUAAGGGAAUUACACUUGGUAAACACUAUCAUGUAUUCAAGUCAUGUAUGUUUUGACCCAGGUCAAUAGGAUGAAGCUUCUUUGCAUGGCUGUAACUUGAUUUAUGAGUAGUAAUAGGUUUUUAUUAGCCUUCGAAAGAAAUAUUGUUUUCCAAAGUAAAAAUAGGCAUUACAUAGCUUAUCUAUAGUAGCUUGGACAAUAUGCUUUAUCUGAACUUCAGGUUCUAUUAAUCUUUCUAAAUUGUAGAUGAUCAAUGCAGUUACUUGUUAUUAUUCAUGGUCUGAAUAUGAUAUAAGAUUAUUUGUCAUUUUGUUGUACACCUUAAGCAUUUUAAGUUAGAGACCUUGAAGCAUUCCAUCUAAUUAUUGGUAAUUUUUUCUUUUAUCUCUUGCAACCACAGGGUGGGAGGCAGAGGAUGGGGGGGUGGUUAUUGGGUUUCAUUGAAAUGACAAUAAAUUUAAAUAUACAAUAUAUGUUGCAUAGUUUAACUGCGGUAUUGGACAAGGAUUUUCAAUUAGGCAUUAUGAUUUAGGAGACAUGAUUUAAGUCCAUGUAAAUAAAUUCAAUGUUAUACCCAAAAGAAGCAAAGAAAAUCUUUAUUUUCAGAACAUAAAUAUGUAAUACUUUGUCUGAAAUUGUGUUGUCAGCAAGUGACUCUUUAUGUGGUUAGUUGUCCUUAUCAUCUGGAAGGAUUGAAUCAAUUGCUUCUUCUACCAUCUUGAUGGCUUCAAUCUGUUGGAGUUCAACUUCUGGAUCAGCUGCAACAUGGUCCUUGCAUUGCAUAUCUUCAUUAGUCAGUUGUAUUUUCAUAAGAGAUGGAAUUUCUUCGUUCUGCUGCUUUCGUACCCUGACACUCUCUUCUACCUCAUCAACUCGUCAAGGCAAAUAGGCAAUCCGCACAAAGACCACCGGAACUGCUAGGAUGAGGUGCUUUCGUCAUGUUCCUCGCCGAUUCAACACCGGUUUCAGAGAUGGUACUGAAGCUGCACCUCCGAAGAAUAACAGAAUACUUGCGAAAUAUAUUUGUUCCACUAUCCUUAUGUAAACCUUUCACUAAUAUCACAAUAUUCAUUUCAUGCUAAUUCAUCAUCCAUUUUUUCUUAACUAAUAUUAAUUUU